AUGAGGGCUGUCUUCUUGGUGCUGCUCCUCUGGGCCGUAGCCUGCGCUCACCCCGUGCCCGGCCGCAAGCCCGCUCGCCCCCGCCGCAGCGCCCAGCAGGAGGACACAGCAAGCAAAGAUUACAUCAACAAGCUGGGCAACCUCCUGGGUGGUGGAGAUGGCAGACAUCCUCCUGCCAGUGCAGAGAGCGGGGACGGUACCCUUGCGGGUGGGAACGCUGUGGGCAAGGAGCUGGGUGAGCAUGGUGGCCAGGACAAGGGAGGCAGAGCUGGGAAGGCUCAGCACCUGAACUGGGUGGACCUUGAGGACGCAAGUGCCUGGGACAGGAACAGCCUUGGUUUCCUGGAGGAGGAUGCACGUGAUGCUGAUGAUGGUGACAACGGAGAGCACCGUGGCACUGGAGUCAACGGGCUUCCCUCCCACGCUGGCGGGCUCCUGGAUGAGGAGGACGACAGUGGGGAUGACACCUUCGACGAGAACGGGGAAGAGGAGGGGAGCGAAGCUCCUACUUACAUGGCUGGUGCCGAUGAGGCAGGCGAACAUGGCCACGACGCUGGCCGUGGGGACGUCAGGCCUGGCAGAGGUCAUGGUGACAGCAGCAGCAGUAGCAGCAGCGAGAGCAUCGGGGCGGACCACUGGCGUGCCAGCCGCUCUGGGGAGGAUGGGGAUGGGGAGGACAGCCCUUCCAGGGAGGGCGAGGGCAGCAAGUCCAGGGAGGGCAUGGCUGACCAGUCUGACGAAGAACCGGGGGAGUCCGCGGAGGACAUCUCCCAGGAGAUGGCGAGCACGUCGAGCGAACGCAGUAGUAGCAGGUCCCGGGAAGGGCAGGAGGACCCGGAGUCUGCUGAGGACAGGAGUGCGCCGUCCACGCCUGACAGCGAGUCCGGGGAAGAUGAGGGCGACCACAGCAAGUCUGGGGAAGAUGAUGGUGACCAGAGCCAGUCCACAGAGGACACUGUGGAGGAGUCAAAGGAGGAUGAGAAUGACUCCGACCCUGAUGGGGAUGUGCUGAGCACAUCAGCUGAGAGCCAGAGUACAUCCCCGGAGGAUGAUAGCAGCCAAGAGGACAAUGCAGGCGAGGACAGCAGGUUCACAGAGAGCAACAACAGCGAGUCCCAGGAGGAUGAUGAUGAUGACGAUGAGGAGAGCCACUCCCAGGAGGACGCCACCCGUGAGUCCAGCAGCCGCGGGGACAACAGCUCGCUGCAGAGCCUGGAGAGCGGGAGUCGCAAACGGCGGCCGGGUGCCUACCGCAACAAGCCUGCUGCCGACUAUGAUGAUAACGACUGCCAGGACGGGUACUGA